ACGUCCCCAUUGAUAUCGCGCUCUUAAACCCUAGUCGCGUAUCCGCUCCCCAUCUGGUGACCGUCGUUGAUGGAUCCCAUGGCUUCUGACGCCGGCUUUGACGUCGGUGACCGGUUACCUGCGUCUUCUGGGUGGGAAUUUGUAUGUGACUUUGAAGUUGAUUAUGGAUCAGAGGAGCAUGCAAAAAUUGUAUAUGCUACAUUAACCGUUGAUAAAGAGCUGCAGCCAGACAAGGUUAAGAGGCAGAUGUCCAUUUCUGAUGGCAAGCUCAAAGUGCACUUUGAAGCAGUGGAGGCUAGGUUUCUGCGUGCAUCAUUUAGUGCAUUUGUGGAUCUUAUGAUUCUUACUACACAAAUCAUUGAAGAGUACAAUUAGUGAGCAGCAUUUUAGCAGUGAAAGGGAGCAGAAAUAUGGCAAGUCAUUGGGUUUGAAAUCUUCCUAUGUCUUGUAUUGUAAUUUUAUAGAAAUCAAUUAGUGAGCAGUCAAUCAUUUUAUGUCUGUUCUUGAUCAGUAGAUACCAGUCAAGACUUCCACUAUGUAACUGCUUAAUAUUUUCUAUCUUCUAUUAAUAUCGUCUUCAGCUCACCCCAUGAUA